AUUUUAUCCAGUAAAUGAGGCUGCAAAUUAAGAAAUGUCCAAGACCGUCAAAUUGUAGGCACAAGUAGCGGCAGAUCAGAGAAAAACGAGGCACAAAUUUUCAAUCCGACUGCGACAGAGACCGUAUUUGAGAGUUAUCCAGCAGAGAAAGAGAAAAAGGGCAUUUACUGUUUACCUGGCAAGACCAAUAAGAGUGAUAAUGAAUGCUGAUACCUGUAGAUUCUAUGAUUGGAGUUUUAUUGGGGGAGACAAAAUAUUGAUCUGGUUUCAGCACCCCAAUUAUCGUGGAGGGGGUAAUCAUUUCAUUUGAGGCUUGAGGUAUCAUCAAUGGGGUGUGAGGUUCCAAUAGUACCCAAGGCCAUGAUGGAGAACAUCCUUUCAAGCGAGGCACUGGCAAGAGCCAGAGAAGGUGGGCGUUCAUUUGCUGCAAAAGAGUGGAUAAACAACCCUUACCAAACCAUGCCUUCCCAACGGUUUCCUACCAUCAAAUUGCAAUCUGUAGCAUUCCCGCAAUCAAAUCAAACAGGGACUAGCAGCACGAUGGUUUCUCCUAUGCCCUUGCCAUUAUCAAAUUCAGUGGCUUACAGUGCUUCGCAAGCUGUUGGAGGAGGGUUAGGAGGUUUGCCUGUUGUAAAACAUGUAGAAAAUCUGCAUUGUUCAGAGAAUUCGGAAAGUAAAGGAAAGAGAAGAAUUAGGAACAGGGUAAAUGGAUUAGUUGGAAAAAAAGCAAAGACCGAUUCUUCAACUGAUCUGGUGUUGAGCAAUGGAGAUGGAAAGCCACCUUCUGGAAGAUCUCGCAAGCGUCUUUCCUCUGCAGAGGGAACUGGGAAGACAUCUUCCAAAAGGCAAAACUGUAGAGGAAUAAAGGAGCCAGAAAAUGAAACUGAUCAUAAAGUAGUAACUUCGAAUGAAAAUGUCUUGAAGGAUUCUGCACUUCAAGCGGGGUCAAAUUCUGGAAGCAACGGUAUUUUAGGUAUCUAUGGGUUGAAGACGAGGUCAAUUGAUCUGUCCCACCAUAUUCUUGAUUUAUCUGUAAAUGACAUACUCUCAGAAGAGUUCUAUCUCCCCAAAUCUGGCCAGCUAGGUAAUGAAGGCAAGCAUAGCACAGCUAAUAGUUCACUUAUCAAAGGAUUAAGCAAGAUACUUCAGCUUAUGCCAAAUUCAAUCCAUACUGAAGACAAGAAACUGAAGGUGGAAAAUUCAUCUAACUUGGAAUUGAGGUCGCAAUUUGAGGAAUUUGAGAGAGGUCUUCAGUAUACCACUCAACAGAAGGAGAAUUGUGCAAUGGAUUCUUCUGCAGAACCAAGUGCCUUGAAGUUUUCAUCCUCAUUUGAUUCUACUUUUCCCCUGGCAAUGUGUCCUUUAUAUCCAAUCCAGGAUUUUGUGAGUAGGUUGGGACUACCAAGCAAUGAACCUCUUGAAAAUCUUAUUGUUAAGACUGAUAGACAACCAGAUAUUAAUAAUGACCCAAACUCACAUGUGAGUAGCACCGGGAGUAUCCCACCUCUAAAAUUUUCUGCUUCGCUAUCUGGAGGUUCUAAGUCUCCCCUGAAAAGUGGCAAGGAAUCAAAGAACCGAAGCCCAUGGUUAAGGGCAGGAAUUGUAAAAUGUGCAACUGCUUCGUUGCAAGCAGGAUCAGGAUUGGGGUUAGCUGUUAAAAAUAAUGCAAAUGUUGAAUGUGAACAAAAAGAAACAGAGUUGACGGACAAAUAUGCAAGAAGUGAAAAAACGAAGAGAGCCUUCAUGAUAGACUUGAAUGUAGAAUCUUUUGAGCAGUUGGAUGAGUCAGCAAUGGUAGAUGCUCCUAAUUCUUCCUUGCUUCCUGAGAUGACACCAGAAAAAAAUUCUUCUCAUUCUUUGCAUCAAAAAGCUUCUGAAAGCAGAAAUGGGGAAAAAGAUGCAAGGGAUAGUAGUGAGGAUCCAUGCCACAGCGGAGUUGAUCACUCCAUAGCCGAGGAUGAGAAUUUGCAAAGGAGAAACAUAAGUUUGAAAAAGGAAACUAAUUCAGAAAAACUACCAGCACUACAAUUAGAAACACUCAGAAGCCAAACAUCUAAUAUUCAAGAUGCUAAUAAUGACAUUGCCAUUGAAAGCAAAAUAAAAACAAUUCAGUCUCAUGAUAAACUUACUCAUCCUGAGAAGGGUGAAGAAUUUGAAGAGCAAAUGCAGGAACCAAGGACUUUGAAUGGAUUCCAAAAACCUUGUAGUGUGGACCAAAAUACUUACCAAAUGGGUGAAACAUCCCAACGAGUCCCAUCUGAUUUGCAACCCUUGCAACUUGGUUUGGAUAAAGGCCUGCCUUCCUCAGAAAUGCCUAAUUCACCACAAGUUGAAGCUGCAGCUAGGAUUCUGUUUGACAUGGCUAAUUCCCAGUUUCAUAAUAAUGGAGUUUCUUUGGAUAAUUCUGCUCAAGAAGAUUCAUGUGAUAGACUGCAGCGGGAAUCCUUUAAGAGUUCAACUACUGUCAAUAGACUUGUGAAUGCAAAUAUGGUUUCAGAAAGUAACUUAAAGGUAGUUGAAGAGUAUGGGGAUGCAGAGAUCAAAGCUCCAAGAACUGAGAAGAAAAGGUCUAGAGUUCCCAGUUCUAUUCUUUUGUCUAAGAAAAAUACUUCCAAGGGAACAGAGCCAGGGACUGUGCUUAAUCAGUUUCAAAAUAAAACUCUUGAGUCUGCCUUAAGAAACAAAAAUACAAAGCAGGGACUUAAAGGUAUUGGAAAACAUUACAGUACAGAAGCUGAAGAGGAAUCUGACAAGCAAAGUCAUAUCAAGUCAUCUAGGCCUUCAAAGCCAAUUAGAGAUGAUGUUGGCUUAAAAUCUGUUCUAUGUUCAGCAAAUCAGAACAGAGGAAAUCUUCAGCCCAAAUCUCCUACAGGAGCUAAAAUGCAUAUUUCCACUAAAAGUAACCAGAAUAUCAGAACAAACAUUGGAACCCACAAAUUCACUCUUUCUAGAGAACAAAAUCAACGGAAACUAGUAAGUGUGGGAGAUGUCAAGUCCUCAAGGCCAACACCAUCAUUUACAGAUAGGAAAAGGUAGGAUUUGGGCAUGUGAAUACAAAAGAUUAAAUAUUUAUACUGCAAUUCAUAUCCAUUUUGACCUCUUAGAAACGAUCUUUUUUUUGGGUUUUGAGGUCAUGAGAUUGAUCUUAGCAAUAAUAGUAAAAAAGAAGUAACAAGGCAUUUGGCAGGCUUCAGCCAUGAAAAUGGAUCUGUACAGUAAUUACUUUUAAUUAGACUAUAAUUCAA